CGGGGGUGACAGAGGGCUCCAGGGCCGGACCGCAACUGGAAUUGUGCUCGCCACAGCUCGUGCCUGUUGUUGUUAUUCUUCCCCAAACACUGCCACCGCAAUGGGUAGCGAUACCACUGAACAGCCGCGCAGUGGCCCCGCAAAACUCUUCAGCAGCGAGAUUUUCUGGCGGGAUCAUGCUGCGUGGCUGAAAGAGUGUGGCUAUGAGCUACGGCCGCGCCUUCGACCUGGUUGGGUUCCAUCAUGGACAGGCACAAAGAAGGCCCCGUAUAACUGUGAGGAUGGUCACCGCGUAUCGCGUGGUUCCGUAUUCAUCGAUGCCAAGGACACAUCAACUGGACAGGUCGUGGCAAUGAAAAGAAUCAAGCACGAAAACAAUCCAAACGAGUUGGCCAUUGGAACGCUCCUCACUAGCGAAGAGAGGUCCUUGGAUCGUCGGAACCAUUGCGUACCCAUCCUUCGAACAUUGCACAUUCCAGGCGAAGAAGGACAUGUCAUUAUCGUGAUGCCGUACCUACGACCAUGGUAUGAUCCCAAAUUCAAGACUAUCGGAGAAGGGAUUCAGUUCUUCAGAGAGAUGCUCGAGGUGGGAUAUCUCGUUGACAUUUCUAGGGAAUAUUCUAUACGUAGUUUUCAGGGACUCCAGUUUAUUCAUCAUAACCAUGUUGCUCAUCGUGACGGAGGAUUCACGAACAUCAUGAUGGAUGCUACCUCAAUGUAUGGGCCAGACAGUUUCCAUCCCCGAGAGACAGAUCAGAAAUACGACUUCUCCGGUCGUGCGCGAUAUCGAUCACGUACUGAACGGCCUCCGAAAUACUACUUCAUUGAUUUUGGCCUUUCUAUUCUCUAUAAACCCGAAGAACUACCAGCUACCGUCUGUGCGCUUGAAGGAGGGGACAAAUCAGUUCCCGAAUUUCUCGCUGAUAAUCCAGAUUCGACCAAGCGGACGCCGAAGCAUGAUCCAUUUGCUGUCGACGUUUACUACCUUGGGAACACAUUCAGAGCCUUUCUUCGUAGAGGAGUUGAAGCAGAUUAUAAAUUUAACGAGAAAGAACUCCGUGGGAUGAAAGGGUUUGAGUUCAUGGAGCCCCUGAUAGCUGCUAUGACUGAGCCCGAUCCUGCGAAGAGGAUUAAAAUCGACGAAGCUGUCGAAAAAUUUGCACUCGUCGAGAAAGGUCUCAGUGCGAUGACUUUGAGAUCUCGAGUCGUCUAUAGCGCGGACUUCACAAUUUUUCGACCCUUCAAGGCUGUUGGCCACUAUGUGUGGACUCUGGGACUCAUUGCACGGAAAAUACCGGCCAUUCCUCAGCCUUCGCAACAGUAAAUGCUUGUUUCUCUUGCUCCUGAUUUCGUUUGAUGUCUUUGCUUUUGGUACUGAUUCUGCUCUACACCUAUCUACUUCUU